GGAAGAGGCCGGGCUCUAGCGCCGCAGCUCGGGGAGGGUGUGGGGGCUUGGCCUGUGUGACAAGCAGUGCGGGCCCGCCGCUGUCACUCACUCGUCCUUCCUUCCUCUCCCGCACUAAUCCUUGUGUCUCUCUCUCCUGCCCCGUGUCCCCCCCCGGCCCCCUCCCCCCGAGUGCCUGCGCCCCGGGUCCCGCUCCGUGCCGUGAUAGGAUGCUCUUGUUCGUGGAGGUGGCGUCCAAAGGAGCUGGUUUAAAUCCUAAUGCAAAAGUAUGGCAGGAAAUCCCUCAAGGAAACACUGAAGUUUCUGAGACAGUCAAUGGCACAGAUGAGUCUUGGGAUGAAGCAGUGGCCACAGCAGAACUACACACAGAAGGCAAUCUAGAAAGUCUAAGUGAAACUUGUCAACCCCUAGAAGUAAUGUAUUCCCCCUCUUGUGAAGCGAAUAGGAAUGGCCUUCAGUUAGAGGAAGCAGCAGCAGCAAAUGGAAUGGACCUAUUAGUUCAAGACGAACUUGGAUACCAAAUGUUCGAGGUUUCAGGUGAAAGCACUUCAACUGUUCCACAGGCUGUUUCUGCCGAAGAUCUGAAAGAAUGUCUUAAGAAACAAUUAGAAUUUUGCUUUUCAAGAGAGAACCUAUCUAAAGACUUAUAUUUGAUGUCACAAAUGGAUAGUGAUCAGUUUGUACCUAUAUGGACAAUAGCAAACAUGGAAGGAAUAAAGAAGCUGACCACUGAUAUGGACCUGAUUGUGGAAGUUCUGCGCUCUACUCCUGUGGUACAGGUUGAUGAAAAAGGAGAAAAAGUGCGACCAAACCAUAAGCGAUGUAUAAUAAUUCUACGUGAAAUCCCAGAAACGACUCCUGUGGAGGAGGUUAAAGCACUAUUCGAUAAUGAAAAUUGUCCAAAAGUGAUAAGUUGUGAGUUUGCUCACAACAAUAACUGGUAUGUUACAUUCCAGUCUGACACUGAUGCACAACAGGCUUUUAAAUAUUUAAGGGAAGAAGUUAAAACAUUUCAGGACAAGCCAAUAAUGGCAAGGAUAAAAGCCAUCAACACGUUCUUUGCGAAGAAUGGAUAUCGAACGGUGGACUCGAAUGUGUACAGUCAGCCCGUUCAGACACAAGCACAGUUUCAUUCUCCACUCUUUAUGCAGCCUGUAUAUAGUCCUCAUCAACAGUAUUCACUCUAUAACCUUGUGCCUCAGACAUGGUCUCCAAACCCAGCACCUUACUUUGAAACACCACUGGCUCCGUUUCCAAAUGGCGGUUAUGUUAAUGGUUUUAAUUCUUCAGGCUCUUACAAAACAAAUGCUGCUUUAAGUAUAGGUCGACCUUUUCAUAGAAACCGUGGGAAGCCUCAAUUCCGAUCAUCUCCAAACUCUUCAGAAAGAACUGCUGAGGGUGGCACUACAACCAUCGUACCAUUAGUUGAUGUCCAUAUAAACAGACCCAGCUCUCGUCCCUUCCCAUCAGAUCGGCACAUCACAUCUUUAACUGGACAUCAGGAUGUUUUUUCUAAGGACUCUUUACAUCUAGAACAGAAUGGUACCGAUGGAGGUGCUCGGGGGAGGAGAAAUAUCUUCAGAGGUAGACGAAGAAGAGAUGAUGAUCGCACUUCACGUCCGCUGACUACAAUGGAAGAAAUUGCACCGACACCAAAGUUUGACUUGCUGGCAUCUAAUUUCCCUCCAUUGCCAGGAAGUGUAGUGAGCACGCCGGGGGAGCCUGUACUUGAAAGCAGGAUGGCUGAUGUUGUCAAAGGAAUCUGCAAAGAAAAAGAAAAUAAGGAAUUGCCUCCAAGCUUGAUAAGUCCUGCUCAGGAAGAACCUGCAAAAAAUCCAGUGCAGCACACGAUCACAAGUUCAACACUGCAUGCUACACGAGCUGUUACACCACCACCUCAACCUCAACCUAGCAACUCCGUUACUGAGAAGAAACCUCCAGAAAUUUUUUGUCACAAAGAUGUUGGAAGCCAGACUUCAGCAGUGCUACCCGUGUGCACUUCUGCUGUGAAACCAACUAAGCCUGCUGCCACUGCACCCAUGGGGAACGCAUCUCCUGCUCAGAGUACACAGGAACCACGAAAACUAAGUUACGCUGAGGUAUGUCAGAGGCCUCCCAAGGAACUUGCACCAGCUCCAGUGCAGCCACUUCGAGAGCUUCGUACAAAUAUAGCAUCACCUGCCAAAAAUGAAGAAACCUCUACUCCUCCGGAAAAAGGUUCUGAAAAGACCCAUGAGAAGGUUGAAGGAAAAGUAAAAGAAUCUCCUGGCCACCGAAGCAAUGGGACACCCCGAGGUGGUGCUGGGAAAAUCAGGGAACAGAGGCGCCAGUUUGUACGCAGGUCUUCACCUCAGGGAGCAGCAAGACGUAAUGGCAAGGAGCAAUAUGUGCCACCAAGAUCACCAAAGUAAAAACUUUGUUUAACCAUGAAAUCAGACUGACAUCAAAGAAAGAAAAAAGACUUACAUGGAAAUGGUCAUCAUUUAUGUUGAUCACUUUGUACAAAGUGGCCGUAAUGGAACCAAGCUUUCAUCUCAGAUUAGUAUUUUGAGGUGGUAGCGUGGUUCAGAUACGACUUAAAAAAGAAAAUGACCUAUAAAAAUAGGAUUUUUUUGUAUAUUUUUUUUUUUUUUUUUUGGGAGGGGGGGGGAGGGGAUCAGAUCUGUGGGAUUUUUUUUUUUUUGUUGUUGCAGAAGUUACCUGCUCUAUCAUUUUUCAGGGUUGUGUCAUAAACCUAGAAGACUCUCGGUCGAAGAGGGGAAAAGAAAAUAUUUUUGAGAAAUAGAUCUGUUAAAAAAAAAGUAAACAAAAAAAAUAGAAAUUUAAAAUUAAUUUUUUUAAUCUAUUUAAGGCUUUGCUGGUAGUAUGUGUAUGCCAUUUUGGCCUUGAAGUGGAAAAAAAAAGGUGCAGUGUGUGGUCAGUGUGUUAUGUAACUGUGGCCAGAUGCUGUUUUGUCACAGAUUAUAAAACUGAAUGUACAGCUAUACUGUCUAUUAGCUCGAAAUUUAGUUUGUCUUUUGACCUUACUAAAGUUUCUUUUGAAGCUGUUUACCUGUCAAGCCAGAAUUUUUUGGAAGAUAACAGAAGCUUAGCUAUAGCAAUGGCAUGUGUGUCUGUAAUCAGAGUUCUCUCAUACGUGCUAUAUAUUUUUUUUCUCCGUCUCGAGCAUGGUUUUCACAUUAGCAGUGUUAAUCCGUGAAUCCAUGCGGUGUAUAUGUAUGUCGUCUUUAAAGGGCUAUGCAUAACUGAUAUGAUCUCACCUACUUCUCACUGGGCUUAUUGUUCUUUAUCUGUGACAAGCCUGUGGGGUCUUUUUUCAUAGAUUUCUAGUAAACUGAUGCAAUCUCUCCCACCAUUUGUAAAAAAAAAAAAAAUCCAUACAUUGAGAUUUUUUUUUCUUGUAGCCUUCGUAAAAUUGGUGACUACAGUCAUGAUAGAAGGCAUCAGAACUGAACUAGUUUUCUAUUGAAAUUUUUGGUUUCGCUUCAUUAUUCAAACUUGUACAAAUCUGUCUAAAGCUUGUCUGCUGUUUCAUAGUCUUCAUUACGUUAUAUUCCUCUGUAUAAAAUUAGUCAGGUUUGUGUGAAUUAUUAUUUUUCUUUUUCAAAUCAAUAACUUUUUCAAAACUUUAAAUCCCAUCUCGAUUGCACCAUUCACUGCUAUUUUUGUAUGUCCGGGCCUCUUUCUGUGCGAGGUCUGCACGUCGACUGAAAUUGACUUGGGAGCACUCGUAUCGUGCUAGUUACACAGAAGCGACGGGACCCGUUUUCUCAUUAAUCACUGGAAUGGGUCCCAUCUUAGCCUUUUUAUCUCGUUCUAGUCUAAAUCUGGAAAUGUGAAUGCAGUGCAUUUAAUCCUAUUCUUGUGGAAAUAGGAUACGAGUAUUUCUUAAUUGUACUAUAUAUAAUUUUUUUCUUUUUUUUUUUUUUUUCUAGAUGUAAAAUAAAUUAUCAUUGAUUGUGACUUGCAGAAAUCUUAUUAUGUAAGUUGAUUUAAUAUGUGAAAUUGAAAGGAUGGCUCUGUGUUGUGUAUAGCAUAUUAUAAUUUUUUCCUUCAGACUUCCAGCUCAUGUACAGAAAUGCCGAUAAAUGUGUGGAAAUGUUGGCUUUCAGUAUAAGUGCUACAUAAGGCUCUGAUCUCCAUAACAAAGUAUUUAUUUUAAUUUUUUUGCGCAAGAUAUUUUGCUGGCUUUUUUUUUGUGUGAACUGGGGCUAUCAAAGUAUAACUAGGGCUGUAAAAGUAUCUAGGUUAUGAACUAGAAAUGCAGUAUGUUGCAUGACAAACGUGCAGCCUUUGCGGCUGAUUACUAACGCAAGCAUAUCCUCACAUUCAUACUCUGAAAAUCUGAUUAUGACUUAAGCCAUUAACAAUCUUCAAUACUGUAUUUUUUGAUUGUCCCUUUUUAAUCAGUAUCUGAUAUACUUGCCUGUAGCUACCUUUGGCUUAUUUCUUAGCAUACAAUGUUAUUACCUAGUCCCAUUGGUGAGCAUGUUCCAAAAAAGUACAGGGCGUUUUUGUUUGGUAUUUGGAAUAAUUUUUUGAUAUAUAUUUUUUUUUUUUGCUGUUUUUAACAUAAAAAGAAAAAUUGCCUUUAUUCAAAGUAAUGAUCCUACCACUAUUAAUACACUAUUAGACUGCAAACUGCUUAACAUUGUAUAAUUAAUAUCUAAAAUGGUGUGCUAUAUAACAUUCCUUCUCUAACUAGAUAUGCUGGCAGAGUAGUUUGUGAUUUACGAUCUGCUUAAAGUGAAAUGACAUGAAAACUGUAUCACUUCAGAUACCCAGAAACACCUUUUUGGCGAGUGUGAUAAAUCCGUGUGUUUUUUUGUUUUUUUGUUUUUUUUUUUUUUGUUUUUUUUUAGCUGUCUGUGGAAACUGCACUAGUGUAGAGUAGUUGCUUUUUGGUUUUAUUCCUUUUUUUAUUAUACAUUUUUAUUUUUGUUUUUCUCCAGUUUCUUUUGAGUUUUAUUCUAGAAUAUUUA